UCAUCUGUCGGCCCUCAGCUGUGCCGAGCAGUAGAAAACCAGCCACCACAUCACGGUUUUUGCAUUUUAUAGACUUUUUUAAAACAGAAAACAACUAACUUUUAUUUAAAUAUCACUGCCAUUUUCCUGAUACCCUGCUCAUCAUGCCAUUUAGAAAAGCAUCUCAUGCUGGUACUUGGUAUUCUAACAACGUCAAGGAACUUGGUCGUCAAUUGGAUGGAUGGCUUCAGGUCGUCAGUGUAGCUCAUCGUCCUGCAAGGGCAAUUAUUGCACCACAUGCUGGCUAUAGUUACUGUGGCGCAUGUGCUGCAUUUGCCUAUAAGCAAGUGGAUCCCUCAGCGGUAAAGCGUAUUUUUGUGCUGGGACCAUCACAUAAUGUUUGGUUGCCGGGCUGUGCUCUUUCAAGUACCACAAAAUACUGUACACCUUUCUAUGAUCUCACUAUUGACUCCCUAGUGUACUCAGAGCUGGAAGCUACUGGUCAGUUUGAAAGGAUGAGCGUAAAAGUUGAUGAAGAUGAGCAUAGCUUAGAAAUGCAUUUACCGUACAUUGCUCGGGUAAUGGAAGAGUACAAAGAUUCCUUUACCAUUGUCCCUAUUAUGAUUGGCUCGCUGACUGUGGAAAGAGAAGCUACAUAUGGCCAACUCCUUGCUCCAUAUUUGGCUGACCCAAAUAAUUUAUUUGUAGUGUCUUCUGACUUUUGCCAUUGGGGUCAAAGAUUUCGGUACACAUAUCAUGAUCAAAAGUAUGGACAAAUCUUCCAGUCAGUUGAAGCAUUGGACAAAAUGGGAAUGGACUGUAUUGAAGACUUAAAUCCCAAUGCAUUUUCUGACUACCUAAAAAAAUAUGACAAUACAAUUUGUGGUCGCCAUCCAAUUGCAGUUUUAUUGCAGGCAGCAAGUGUUCUGGAAAAAAAAGGUAACAGGAUGUCACUGAAAUUUCUCAAAUACGCACAAUCUGAUCAGUGCUUCACCAUGAGUGAUUCAUCUGUGAGUUAUGCCUCAGCUUCAUUAACUUUUAUUUAAACUGUUCUCUCCUCUGGAGACAUUUACUUCAGUUUAUAUAGGUAAUGCCUAACAAAAGGUCUAAUCUAGCCCUCCUGUUCAGAGAUUGUCAGAAUGUGAAAAGACCAUUUUUUCAAGUACAAUAUGUUGUACAUAAGUACUCUUUAAUGAUUUAUACUCACUGCCUAAUUUGUAUUGUCUACUUUUAUAUGAAAUGAAACUUUCAAAACCUAAAA